CCGGCGGGAGGACGCGCGGCGCGCCCGGCGGACGCCGCAGGUCCCAUGCCGCGCCGCGACCCCCGCGCCCCUGCCGCCCGUGCCCGCGGCCGCCCCCCGCCGCCCGCCGCCCCGGACUCGCCGCGCCGCGCCCGCGCGUCCUUAGCGGGGCCACCGAGCGAUGCCCGCCGGGCGCCCGCGAAAGUUUGUCGGCUCCCGCUGAAGGGCAGCGGCGCCCCCGCGCCCCCGCGCCCCGCUCCGGCCAGGAGCCUUCACGUAAAUGGGUCCAGUCAUGCCUCCCAGCAAGAAGCCAGAAAGCUCAGGAAUUAGUGUCUCCCGUGGACUGAGUCAGUGUUACCGGGGCAGCGGUUUCUCCAAGGCCCUUCAAGAAGAUGAUGACCUCGACUUUCCUCUGCCUGACAUCCGACUAGAAGAGGGGGCCAUGGAAGAUGAGGAGCUGACCAACCUGAACUGGCUGCACGAGAGCAAGAACUUGUUGAAGAGCUUUGGGGAGUCGGUCCUCAGGAGUGUCAGCCCCGUCCAGGACCUGGACGACGACACCCCCCCGUCCCCCGCCCACUCCGACAUGCCCUACGAUGCCAGGCAGAACCCUAACUGCAAACCCCCCUACUCCUUCAGCUGCCUCAUAUUUAUGGCCAUCGAGGACUCUCCAACCAAGCGCCUGCCAGUGAAGGAUAUCUACAACUGGAUCUUGGAACAUUUUCCGUAUUUUGCAAAUGCACCUACUGGGUGGAAAAACUCAGUGAGACACAAUUUGUCUUUGAAUAAGUGUUUUAAGAAAGUAGACAAGGAGAGGAGUCAGAGUAUUGGGAAAGGGUCGUUGUGGUGCAUAGACCCAGAGUAUAGACAAAACCUAAUUCAGGCUUUGAAAAAGACACCUUAUCACCCACACCCACACGUGUUCAAUACACCUCCCACCUGUCCUCAGGCAUAUCAAAGCACAUCAGGUCCACCCAUCUGGCCGGGCAGUACCUUCUUCAAGAGAAACGGAGCCCUUCUCCAAGAUCCUGACAUUGAUGCUGCCAGUGCCAUGAUGCUUUUGAAUACUCCCCCUGAGAUACAAGCAGGUUUUCCUCCAGGAGUGAUCCAAAACGGAGCGCGAGUCCUGAGCCGAGGCCUGUUUCCUGGCGUGCGGCCGCUCCCCAUCACUCCCAUUGGGGUGACGGCGGCCAUGAGGAACGGCAUCACCAGCUGCCGAAUGCGGACUGAGAGCGAGCCGUCCUGUGGCUCCCCCGUGGUCAGCGGAGACCCCAAGGAGGAUCACAACUACAGCAGUGCCAAGUCCUCCAAUGCCCGGAGCACCUCGCCCACCAGCGACUCCAUCUCCUCCUCCUCCUCCUCGGCCGACGACCACUACGAGUUUGCCACCAAGGGGAGCCAGGAGGGCAGCGAGGGCAGCGAGGGGAGCUUCCGGAGCCACGAGAGCCACAGUGACACUGAAGACGAUGACAGGAAGCACAGCCAGAAGGAGCCCAAGGAUGCCCUGGGGGACAGCGGGUACGCAUCCCAGCACAAGAAGCGCCAGCACUUCGCCAAGGCCAGAAGGGUCCCCAGCGACACACUGCCCCUCAAAAAGAGACGCACCGAAAAGCCCCCUGAGAGCGACGAUGAGGAGAUGAAAGAGGCAGCGGGGUCGCUCCUGCACUUAGCAGGGAUCCGGUCCUGUUUGAAUAACAUCACCAAUCGGACGGCAAAGGGGCAGAAAGAGCAAAAGGAAACCACGAAAAAUUAAAAACAAGUCACUGAUUUGUUUUGAACUUACGGCCAUUUGGUUUCAGCAUGUCAGGAGAUUUCUAAUGAUUUGUGGCAAUAUCAGCAAUUAUUUUUCUUUUUUCUUGUUUUGUUUUUGGUUUGGUUUUCUUUCUUUUCCUUUUUAUUUUUUUAAUUUGCCCCCUCUUCUUUGUUUUGGGCCCUUAAGAAUUUUAUUUUUAAAGGAGAUUGAAGCCAUAGAACUCAUACUGACACUCAGCUGUUUUACAAAAGCUUUUCAUUAUCUGAAGACAAAAACCGAAAAAGCCAAAAUUACCAUUGCUUCCUCCAGCUUGUCAGAAACCUGUGGCUGAAUCCGCAGGGAUGUCAACGUCAAUGUCGCAGGAACACACAUUUGGCACCUAGAAGUCACCCGUGCAAAGUAGUCAUCGUCCAGGCCCAACCCUUAGGUUUAAAAUGCCAGGUUGUCCACCCCAUUGGGUUCACUGAGUAAAGGCACAUAAAGCAACUGAGGAGAAGGAGGAACCUCUCGUCUGCCUAGGAGCAGACCCAAGCCUGUGGCUCCAGGCAUCUGAUGGUGCCAGGAAAGCCGCUGGAAUUGUCACGGCAAGCACAGAGGGCCGGCCACCAGUCCUCUGUGCUUCCAAACCCUGAAGCCCGAUGACAUCUUACGAGGUGGACGUUGGACCGUUCAUGUACAUCGGGUGUCAGUGACUCAUGGAGAAGAAAUGGGGUAAAUUUUUAGUGAUGUUGCUAAUUAUUGAAUUCUGUUCUCUAUUAAAUUAAGAAAAUGUUCCAAAAGCCAUCAGCCUGAAGGUUGGCCCUGUGCUCACACACACACACACACACACACACACACACACACACACGACAGAGAUGCACACACACAUACAACAUACCACACACAAGAAGGAGAGUGAGAGAAAACUGAUAGAGAAAACAAGCUGUGUCUUUUUAACUGCCCAAGUGAAAAGCACCCAAGUCCAGGAAAUGACAGUAGCUGUUAAGGAAAGGAAAUAAUGGUAUAAAUCUUUUUCUCUCAAAACUUUGAUCCAAGUGAAAAGAAAACCAGAAACAGAAAGCUAUAGAACCUGCCAUGUGUAUUGUGGUGUAUUUUUAAAAGAUUAAAGGCACAUUGACAGACAAAAAAAAAAAAAAAAAAACAAAGUAAAACAUGGCGAAGAAAAUAAAAUAACUCCUAUACUGCCCUCAAAAUGGAGUUUGCAAUUAAUGUGAGUCAGGAUUCAUCUUUGCAAAAAUCAAUGAUUUCCACAUUCAGCCAGUGUAGCCAGCAGAAAUUUCUGAUCCACAAUGCAUGGAUUCCUUUGAAGAAAAAAAAGAAAAAGAAAAAAAAUCACAAAAACAAACUUUUUUUAUUCAAAAGUAACAACGUUCUUGUAAGGUAAAUAAUGUAUUUAGCAUGAAGCAUGAAUUAUUUUCAUAUAAAUAUAGAAAA